AUGGUAAUGGGUAUGUUUGAGCUGAGGAAGCUCGCGCUAUUUGAGGUUAUUGGGAUGUAUGAUCACUCCCUCGCUGUUAAGCUUGGCGUUCAUUUCUUCUUGUGGGGUGGGGCUGUAAAGUUUCUGGGAACCAAGCAUCAUCACGACAAGUGGUUGAGUUCUACUGAAAACUAUGAGAUCAAGGGUUGCUUUGCUUUGUCUGAGUUGGGCCAUGGAAGUAAUGUUCGAGGGAUUGAAACAGUUGCUACUUAUGAUUCGAACACUGGAGAAUUUAUAAUCAAUACUCCAUGUGAAUCGGGUCAGAAGUAUUGGAUUGGUGGUGCAGCAAAUCAUGCAACACACACUAUAGCCUUUUCACAGCUCCAUAUAAAUGGAAGCAAUCAAGGGGUGCACGCAUUUAUUGUCCAAAUCAGGGAUUCCGACGGAAACAUAUGUCCAAACAUCCGAAUAGCUGAUUGUGGUCACAAAACUGGUUUAAAUGGAGUUGAUAAUGGCCGUAUCUGGUUUGAUAAUGUGAGGAUACCCAGAGAGAAUUUGUUGAAUUCAGUGGCUGAUGUUUCACCAAGUGGUGAAUAUCUGAGUGCAAUAAAAAAUGCAGAUCAGAGGUUUGCCGCGUUCUUGGCUCCAUUGACCAGGGGUCGUGUUACUAUUUGUGUCAGUGCUGUUUACAUAUCCAAGAUUAGCUUGGCCAUUGCCAUAAGAUAUGCAUUGACAAGGCAGGCAUUCUCCAUUACACCAAAUGGGCCUGAAGUUUUACUGCUUGAUUACCCUACUCAUCAACGGCGUCUGUUACCUUUACUAGCAAAGGUAUAUGCAAUGAGUUUUGCUGCAAAUGAGCUCAAAAUGAUGUAUGUCAAUAGAACGCCUGAGUCAAACAAGACAAUUCAUAUUAUUUCUAGUGCUUACAAGGCUACUUUAACUUGGAAUAAUAUGCAUACUCUCCAGGAAUGUCGUGAAGCCUGUGGAGGACAAGGAAUUAAAUCUGAAAAUCGUGUUGGUCAAUUCAUGGGUGAAUUUGAUGCGCAAUCGACAUUUGAGGGGGACAACAAUGUUCUGAUGCAGCAGAUUAGCAAGGCACUCUUUGCAGAAUACGUAGCAUGUCAGAAGAAAAAUAAGCCAUUCAGUGGUUUGGGAUUAGAACACAUGAACAAACCUUUGCCUAUUAUCCCAUCCCAGUUAACUAGUUCCACCAUUAGGAGCAGUGAAUUUCAGAUUGAUCUGUUCCACCUAAGAGAGCGAGACCUAUUGAGACGUUUUGCUGAAGAGGUUUUAGAACGUCAAUCUCUUGGAGAAAGCAAAGAGUCUACCUUCAUUUUAAGUUAUCAGCUCGCACAAGACUUGGGCAGAGCUUUCUCAGAACGAGCAAUAUUAAAAACGUUCAUGGAGGCAGAGUCAACUUUACCAGCUGGUUCAUUGAAG